CCCGGAGGUGGUUCUUGCUGGGUGCGGAGAUCCUGUCCUUGGCAGGGUGAGGGCGCUGGGGAUGGGGGUCCGCCCCACCGCCCGGGCCCGCCAGGCCGCACUCCUCGGGUCCGGUACAGCAGAAGACCCAACCCGAGCGUCCGCGCUGCGGCCCGGAGGAGGAGGGGCGCGGCGCGCACGCGCGGACGCACAGACGGGAGGAUGCGAGGCCGCUGCGCUCUGUCCAGAGCGUGUGGGAGCUGGCGGGAGCCGAGUGCUCCUGGACCAGCCCCUCCGGAGGAACGCUGCCUGGGGUCCGGACAGCCGCUUGUCGUCGCCUACGCCGCUGCUGCCGGGCAGGACGGCCCUCCAUUUGGCCUCUGCCAAUGGCCACGGAGACGUGGUGACUCUUCUUCUGGAGCGAGGCUGCCAGGUCGAUGCACAGGACAGGAAGAAAAGGACGGCGCUGAUCAAGGCCGUACAGUGCGAGGCGGAGGAGUGCGUGGACAUCCUCCUUAAAAGUGGAGCAAACGUCAACGCCGCAGAUGUGCUUGGCAACACCGCGCUCCACUACGCGGCACGCCUCGACACCGCGUCUAUCGCGGAGAAGCUGCUGUCCCACGCUGCGGACAUGGACGCGAAAAACCAGGAUGACCUGACGCCACUAUUCGUUGCCAGAAGGGAAAACAGGCAGCGAAUGGCAGAAUAUUUGAAUGAAAAACAGGCAAAUAUGCCUACAGUUGAGAAGACGAAAAGCGAACACAAAGACGAAAGGAGACGUGAAACGCCUUUUCAGACUACCAGCCUGGCCAAGACUUCUGAUUGUGAAACAGCUGUCUACUCAGCAGAAGACAAAGAUGCACAGUCUCCUGAUAUGGAGGAAGGGGUAACACACCCAGAAAUUCACAAAGAGGAAACUGGUAUGGACACAGAUGCAGGUGAUGAAGGUGCUCCAGAAGAGCCAACAGAUGAGAAGAAAUGGACCUCUGUGGAUGGAACAGACACACCUGACAUGGCUGUUAAAUUAUAAGAUCUAUGGAGUUUCAUUUUUUUCACAUCUGUGCUUAUGAGAUGGUCUGGGCGAGGGAAGGGUACAGCUGAGUGGUAGAUGGAUCGCAUGCUUCAGAUACAGGAGUUCUGGGUUCAAUCCCCAGUAUCUCCAUUAAACACAAAAAUUCAAAAGCUAAUGUAGUAUAUCUGAAGUCUGUAGCUCCAGAUAACAUAUCCAUUACUGUUUCUUUUCCAUUUCCUAACUACCAUAAUACAUAGCCAAGAAACGACCAGGGUUUUCAUAAAGAAAGUGCUUCUUCCCUGGGAAAUUUUGGGCCACGUUAGUUUACAGAAGAGUUCUUGAAUGGAGUUAGACUUCACAUGAAUGUGUGUACAGUUCAAAGCGAUCAGUGUUGUCAUUAAUAAUCUGUGUGACUGCCCCCACUAGGUGAAGCAUCAACUUUCCCCUCUGGACCGAAGGAAGAUGCACACACCCCUGGCAAGGAGGAAGGGGCGCCCGAGCCAGAAACCGAACGGGAAGACACCCGUCCUGAGGCGAACGUAGCUGACGAAGGUGCUCCGGAGGAGCCGACCGAGG